AUGUCCACCACCGACAUCGAAUCCACCGUCGCCACCCAGCUCGAGGCCUACCAUGCGUCCCGCGCCGCUCUCAUAGCCCAAGAGAAGGCACUCCGUCACGACUAUGCGUUCCGCCAACGCCUCUCGGAGACUGCCAAGAGGGCCUCAAACAUCGUGGGCAACAUCCGCCACUACGAGGCCGCAACAGUGUGGACGAAGGAGGUGGAGGACGACGAGGGCGAUGUGUACCCCGGCAUGAUGUUCACGCUGGCAAAGGACCGCAUGGAGAGCACAAGGCUAUGGAAAAUUGUCAAGAGAAUGCCGAAGGGCUGUUUGCUCCAUGCGCAUCUGGAGGCCAUGGUCGAUAUGGAUUGGCUGUUGAACCUCGCGUUGGAGACGCCGGGGCUGCAUAUCUUCUCAGAUAUACCGCUGGUUUCGCCAGAGGCGUUGAGGAUUGCUACGAUACAGUUUCAGUAUUCGCCGGAACCCCCGGCUGUAGCUACAUCACUAUAUUCAUCGGCGUAUGUUGCGAAUGGGUUCGUUCCCAUUACCGAGGCCGCGGAUACGUUCCCAGCGAACCUCCUCAUGGGAUCCGAGGGCACAGGCACAACUUCGAGAGAGGCGUUCCUGGAAUGGCUUAUCGACCGCACCACAAUCACAGCUGAAGAGAGCUUAAAGCAUCAUGAAGGGAUCAAUAUGGUCUGGCGAAAGUUUCAGGGCAUAUUCAGAAUAAUCUCGGGCAUAGUCUACUACGAGCCAGUAUAUCGAGCAUUUGUCCGUCAUAUUCUCCACCAUUUGCAUCUGGAUAAUGUUCUCUGGGUGGACAUGCGGGCAGCCUAUGCCAUGACCUUCCGCGCGGCAAACACAGGAGAAAUCCUCCCCCGCACUGAUGUCAUCCGCGCGUUUUCCGAGGAGGUGGAGCGGUAUAAGAAGUCUCCGGAAGGGGCGGGUUUCUGGGGCGCGCGUAUGAUAUGGACCACCAUCAGGAGCUUCGACAAUGAGACGAUUAGAGCCAGCAUGAAGGAAUGCGUUGAAGCCAAAAAGCUCUAUCCCCAUGCCAUCGCGGGCUUUGACUUGGUCGGCCAAGAAGACCUCGGCCGCCCGCACAAGGAGCUUAUCCCCGAGAUCCUCUGGUUCCGUGAGUAUUGCCGCCAGGAAGCGGUUGAUAUACCAUUUUUCUUCCAUGCCGGCGAAACGCUCGGCGAUGGCAACGCCACCGACGAAAACCUAUUUGAUGCUAUUCUCCUCGGGACCAAACGCAUUGGCCACGGGUUUUCGCUUUACAAGCAUCCACACCUGCUAAGGCUUUGUCGUGAACGUAAAAUCUGCCUUGAAGUGUGCCCAGUCUCGAAUGAGAUCCUGCGACUGACAUCCAGCAUUCUGUCGCACUCACUUCCGGCGCUCCUGGCGCAUGGGGUGCCUGUAACCUUGAACAACGAUGAUCCGGGAAUUCUUGGGCAGAAGACGACGGCGAGUAUGACGCAUGACCAUUGGCAGGUGUUGCAAGCGUUUGACAAUGUUGGGCUGGAGGGCCUGGGGGAUCUGGCAGAGACGACUGUGAGAUAUGCAGCAUUCGAGGGCGUGGAUGUGGGCGUGGAGGAGGGUGUGAGGGAGGAGAGGAUGAAGAUGUGGAAAUCGGAUUGGGAGAAGUUCUGUGAAUGGGUUGUGGCAGACUUUGGAGAGUGGGAGGAAGGAGAGGGGGCUUAG